CGAGAGUAUUUAUUUAAAAAUUUUAUAAUUUAACAUAGUUUUGUAUAUAAAUAUAAAUCAUUAUGAACCUAUCUCAAUUUUUUUUAUUGUUCCUGGUAAUUUGAAGCAAAAAAUAUAACGUUACACACAUUGGAUGUUAUAUUUAAUUUCACUCGUAUAUAAAUGUGUUUUUAAUACUGACAAUACCUCUAUCUAUACAAAUACCCAAUUUUAGGAAAAGAAAAAUAAAAUUAUUGUCAUUUUGAGAUUAUAUUGAGAGGACUAUGCUGGUCAAAAAAGUCAUUAAUUGUGUUGUGAAUUUAUAAAUGUGCCUCUUAAAACCUCUGUCCCAAAUUUUCCCCAUUGAAUUACUAUAUAGAAACAAGUGGCGGAUCUAGAAUUUUAUUUGAGGGGGCUUUGAACGGGGGAAAAUUUUACAGUGGGCACAAAAAUCAAAAUACUUGAUGCCGAUUGAUUGCAGAAAAACUAAUUGUAACUAAGACAUUAUACAAAGUGUUGAAACGUUAACAGAUAUCAUAUAAUUGACUUUAGUAGAUGUUUUAGGGGGAGCGGUUCAGCUCCCCCAUUGGAGCUUACCUAUAUAUGUCACAUAUACAUGGGUAUGUAUGGCUAAUUAUUUUAAUUUUAUUUUAUUAUAGUAGAAAAAGAAAAAACUCAAACAUUUUUUAUAUUAAAACUGAAAUUAUCAGAGAAUUGUAUAAAAAUUGAAUCAAAUAUCUUCAAUUUUCUUCUUGACUUUAAUAAAUGGAAACAUAAUUUUCCGUAUAAACUUUUUAAGGAAGUUAAAUAAAGUUUUAAUAAUCUGGAAAACAACUUAAAAAUAUUUGUAACCACAUAAAUAUAUAAUUAAGUUUGUUAGUCCUCAAAACAAAAGGGUAUACUUGCAUGGUUUAAGAAAAAAAUAGUUUUGGACAGUUUAUAUAUAACUUUUAUAAUAUAUAUUUUUUUUUAAUUCUGUGAUCAAUAUUUAUUUUGUGCCAGGUUAUAAAAAUACAACAGACUAAAAAAAACACCUGAUAAAGUAAACAACAAAAUGGUUUAAAAGGGUUGGUCGUUUUGACGAUCCUGCGAGAUUUAAUUAUUUUUGUUGCCAGGAUCAUUUUAAUUUUGUAGGUAACUAGGUUAAAUCGCUGAAGGUGAUGUAUGAACUCCCCUCUUCGGCGCGCAUCCAAGAAUACCGUUAUUCGAAUAAAAUUCCCAUCUUCAUAUGAUCUAUCUAACCAAAGAUGAUCAUUUUGUUCUAUUGAAUAAUAUUCAAGUAUCUAGUAAGUGAUAUGAGUCUAGUCGAAAAAGAGAAUGAUGAUUUCCAGCAAUCCAGACCCCAGCAAAAACGAUCAAUAGAAAGUAACUUCGGGCAAUAUACAAUAUUAUCAGUAACGUUAGGCGGAGUAGCGAUUUUAACAGUGUUGGCCAUAACUGCUGAAGAAUGUCGACAAUGUUUUAUGAAAUCCGCCGAAUUUCAAGCACAGGAAAAAAUUCAAAAAAUAUUCUGGGCGUACGGUAAAAACCUCGAAGGUGGGCAUUUGGAAGAAGUAUAUACAAUUUUAGAUCGAUUAGGAUACAAAAAAGAUGAUAAUUAUUCCGAUUGGGAUCUUUUGUGGGCACAUGAUUAUCCCUUUACCGAGUUACGCUCUCAAUUGAUAAAAUUGAAGCCACAUCAAAAAGUUAAUCAUUUUCCCGGCAUCGGACAUAUAACAAAUAAAGUAACCCUCGCCACCAGCGGUUUAAAAUAUAUACCCCCAGCUUUCAAAUUACCAAUAGACAAAGAAAAAUUAUUAGAAUAUUCGAAAAAUCGUCCGAACAUAACGUUUGUACAAAAAGACAACGAUCAUAGGAAUAUUAAAAUUAGAAAAAUUUCCGACGUGGAUUUAGACCGAGAAGGAACUUUUCUACAGGAGUACAUAGAUAAACCGUUAUUAGUCAGUGGACGUAGAUUCGAUAUAGGUAUUUAUACGAUUAUCACAUCGGUGGAACCUCUAAGGAUAUACAUUUACAACGGAGAAGGGCUUUUAAGAUUUUGUCCUGAUAAAUAUUAUCCUUUCGAUUCGGAACUAGUGGAUAAAUACGUUGUUGGAGAUGAUUAUUUACCCGUAUGGGAAGUACCGGAUUUGGAUUAUUAUUACAACCAAUUGGGAUUCGGUAUGAAGGAUAGUUUAAACGCCUACCUCAAAGCUCAGGGUAAAGAUCCAAACGUCAUUUGGACGCAGAUAGAAGACGCUAUAAGGACCGUAGUUAUAGCGAAGGAACCCGCUAUUGUUGAUGUACUACAAAGAUACCAAACGAGAAAAAAUUUCUUCGAAUUGAUGAGGUUCGAUUUUUUGGUAGAUGAAAAUUUGAAAGUUUAUCUUCUGGAAGCUAAUAUGAGUCCCAAUCUAUCUUCUGCGCAUUUUCCCCCAAACAGACUUUUAUAUCAACAAGUUCUCUAUAACGUUUUGGGACUUGUAGGAAUAGGAGAAAGCAUUUACAAAAGUUCUCUAGCCGUAAGAUCGAAAUCUGAAGAAGAAAUGGUAGUGUCAGAUAAAACGUUAGCAGUUUUUCCGAAUGCUUGUAACAGUAAUACUUGCCGUUCCAGUUGUAUGUCAUUGGAAUGUCAAUUAUGUAAACCUUGCCUUUCUAAAGAAACUCGUCAAAAUUUAGUUGCUGCCGUCAAAGAACACCUUCACAAGUCAGAUUGUAAAAGGAUAUUCCCUCCAUCAAUGGUAAAUUCAUUUAAUAUUAACGAAACAAACCGAUUUGUCACCACCUUACACUUUCUAACAAUAACGUUUCUUAAAUUGAAUUUAAAAAUACAAGCAAAAGUUAAAAGAGAAGAAGAGGCCUUUUUAAAAGUGAUGAUCAGUCACAUUCAUAGAUAAAAUAUAAUAACGGACUAUGUAUCUGUAACGGUUUUUAAGGGUAUGGCUACAGUCUAACCGUUACACGAUUCUCAAUCAUUGGAAUUAUUCAAUUCGCGACAAUUACGAAGUGAGCGACAUCUGUUAAUUUUCUUUCACACUUCAAUAGAGGUGAACAAUAAAACCAGAAUACGAACUAGUUUUGUUGUUUUAUAAACAAUAAAAAGUGUUAUUUGAAAUUUUAGUUUAUAUAGUAAAAUAAUAUACCUGUUUAAAGUGCUUUUCUAAACGUGGUAAAAGUUGUAAUGUUACAAGUGUACUAGUUGUUAAAAUUCUAUCCUAGUGGCCAAUAAAACUCUAGUGUAUAUUUUUGGUAGUUUCGUGUAAAUAUUCAAGUAUCUUCGUCCACGAACAAAUGCAUUUCCAAUCUUUAACUAUAUCAUUUAGAUUAAUUGUUAUCUGUAGACACAAACUAUUAAUGGAUUUUGUAUUUGUUAUUUCUAGACUGCAUAAUACUAUAUCUUCCUUUUUAAAAACGUCCUUUAGUGGCCUACAUCUGACCCCAAUAUAUUUUAUGAUGUUAAAAAGGGUUAUUUCAAUUUUCGUCAUUUUAGACCGAUUCUUGAAACACAAGUUUUUAUUCUAACCACACAAACACGUUUAGGUAAUAACGGACAUUACAAAAAUAAAAAAAUCAUACCAAAAUCACUAAAAAUAUAUGAAAAAAUUCAACAACAUCAAACACAUGGGUUGCAUUGUUGUUCACCACUAUAGAAACCAAAUGACACGUAAUUUUCUCCAAUAAAAGACCUGUAGAGUUACUUAUUGAAAUUUAUGCGUUGAAAAUUGGAAAAAUCAAUUCAAUUAUUUUUUUCUUAUUUCAAGACCCAAGAAGAGGCAACAAAAGGAAUUGAUAUAGAUGAAUACUCUCCCGAAAAUAAGUUGCAGCACAAAUGGUUUCAAGGAAAAUGUAUAUUAGAUGUUUCGUGGUGUUAAUUAAAAACUAUUGUAAUGAAA